GUUCGUUUCAGAUGCCACAGACAGUACCUACCGCAGCCGGCUACUCGCCGUCAUUCGAUUACAGCACAUUCCAGUUCGAUUUGUCCCUUCUAUCGGACGAUUAUGCGGCAACAAACGCACAGAACACGCUGAAGACAGCGCAUAUCAAACAGGAGGCGCAGUCGCCUCGUCCUGGUUCGCCGACCGCUUAUUCGAAUUCACCUUAUCCCGGCGCCGGUGGUGAACUGUCACCAAACUACUCGCACGAAGGUUCACCGGGAUAUCCGACAAGUCCCUAUUACGUGCCCAGGAGUCCUCAAAGUGCUCAGUUCUAUCCGACCAGCCCGGAACCCUCGGCGAAGCAACCAGUGAAAAGGGAGAAGAGCCUCGAUCUUCUCGCCAUCCUGCAAGAGUCUAGACUCUUGGCCGAGAGUCUGGGCUACAGGGAGGAUUCGACCGAUUGCACAGUGCCGUGCACGCCGCCCAGAACCGAGGAGGACAUUUACAACAGCCUUGACGCGGACUUCUUUGCGAAGAAAGAGGAUACCGCAGUGCAAGGGCAUCCGUUGCUGAAGGAAAUCCUGUUCAAGGAGGAGCCACGAUCCAGCUGCAGCAGCAGCAGCAGCAGCAGCAACUCCUCCAGCAGUUCCUCCUCCCCGUUGUCGUCCUCGUCGUCGAGCACUUCCUCCUCGCCGGAUCCCGUGGAACUCGAGAACAGUUCACCUCUGAGGAGCUUGCUGUUCAAGGGUACCAGAAAAGAUCUCGCGGACGCCGCGAUCGCGAGAACAAAUGUUCUGAAACUCGAGAGAAUACAGGACGAGGUCAGGAAUAAUCCUCUGCAAAAGGAAGAGGAACUGUUCAAGGACGGGCAGAAGAGCGACCAUCAGUUGCUCAGGGAGGUUCUGAGGGACACGAGCUUCCAGAGGAAGUACAAUCUGAGACCGGUGGAUCUGGGCAGCGUCGGGACUGGGUUCGUGGAAGACAUGGAAGCCGGCGAAUGCGUCGGCGACCUGACCAGAGAACAGAUCGAGCCUGUCCUUAGUCUUGCCAUCCAGCAGCUGCAAAAGGACUUCGACAACACCUGCGUGGCACUCGGUAUUCACCCUGAGCCUCGACGUUGGAGCGCCGCGGACGUAGCAGCGUGGAUCCAAUGGGCCAGGAGGCAGCUGCAAUUGCCCUCGGUGCCACUGGAGAGCUUCAACGUGGACGGUGCUACGUUAACAUCGCUGACGGAAGAGGAAUUCUGUCAGCGUGCCCCCCAGUGCGGCAGCAUUCUGCACGCGCAGCUGGAGAUUUGGAAAGCAGCGGUCGAAGAUUCACCGCGUAACACACUGGCAGCUUCCUGGGUCCCCCCCGUUGUUCAAACACCAAACAGCAAUAACAACGCACCGUCCCCUAUUGCAAACACAGCUCCAGCCAGCGUCAAAGGCUCCACUUGCAGCGUAGAUUUCUCCGAUGACGACGACGAGGACUGUGGCUCGCAAGCGGGUACUGGCGGUGGCGGAAGUGGCGGCGGUGGUAAAAUGCGCAACGGUGGCUCGCACAUUCACCUGUGGCAGUUCCUGAAGGAGCUGCUGCAGAGCCCCGGCAUUCACGGUUCCUGUAUACGCUGGCUGGACCGCGGCAAGGGUGUGUUCAAGAUCGAGGACUCGGUGCGCGUGGCCAGGCUCUGGGGCAAACGGAAGAAUCGGCCGGCCAUGAACUACGACAAGCUGAGCCGCAGCAUCAGACAGUACUACAAGAAAGGGAUCAUGAAGAAGACGGAGCGUAGCCAGAGGCUGGUCUAUCAGUUCUGCCAUCCUUACUGCCUGUAAAACUCUUGCUCCUCGGUCCCGUUAAGCCUUCCGCGUUCGCGAGCCUCCGACAGCGUGUUAUCUCGACGCUAUUCAAAAACCUCCUCGUCGUAUUUAUUCCUGGUGAACCGUGUUCGAUCGCACGAUUUAGACAGACUUCGGUUAAUUUAUGAUCGCGAGAACUCGUCGGGGUGAAACAUCGUCGAUUUCUCGUUUCUGCACGUCAGAAUCGCCGGCAAGUUUGUCAUUAUCGUCAACGUCGUCGAUCGUCGAGCGCGAAGGGUUAACACCGAGUUUCAAACUCAAGGUCGUCCAGGCUGACCACCUUGAGGCCGGCGUUCAGUUUUUUCGAAGGGCUUCCGACUCUUUCUGCGUGCAAUAAUUUUUUUUUUUUUUUUUCCUCGCGAAGACGAGCGACAUCGCGAUAUCGCGUGUCUGUCUCUCUUUGUUGCGCGCGUGGUGUCCCUCUCCGGUGUGGCUGAUUUUUACGAGGAAAAAGGAAACAAUUUGAAGAAAGAAAGGAAAGGAAAUGAAGAAGAAGCGGAGAAGCGGAGAAUCAGUGCGGAGGUCGAAGGUAAAAGAAGAUACGAUCCACCGAGUGUCCGGUGUGUAUUAUCCUUCCGAGGAUAAUCUCGUGCCACCGGUGGGUACCAUUGAGUACGCCCGUUUUGGGCGAUCCCUGUUUUCUUCCCUCACCCUGUAUCCUAUUUUUUUUUUCCUCACCUCUGUCUUUCUCACUGCAACAUAAACGAUUGCCCCCGGUAAAAGAAAAAAGAAAAACGAAAAAAAAAAAGAACAGUAAGUUUCACUCCUUCCAUUUCACGAUCCACGAUUAUCCCUGGUUCCCGAUUGUCGAGGGCGUCGCGACGUUUGCGGAGUCGAUUUUCCAGUUUCUCGAUCGGCGCUCUUUUCCCUUUCUCGAUCACUCGUCUCCAAUCCGAAGAUUCAUUUCGCGUAUUUUGGUAUUUUGAGUGUUUCAACAACGCGCGAUUUCGCGAUAAUAAUCGGCCAGUCGCCGAUGUUAACGUAUCGAUGCUAUCACUUAAUCAGCAACGAAGUAUAUCAUCGCACGUACUAACACUAACGUUCUACUAACGUAACGAUAACGAUAUGUAGUACGAUAAUGCUGCUAGUAUUAUUGCUAUAUUCCCACGAUGUCGGUAAUACUGCUACGAUAUUAUUAACCACAUUACUAACCUAAAUGUUAACGUCGUAACGCGCCAAUGCUGGUAUUAAAUCGGUAUUAUAUACCGUUGUAUUAUCAUCAGCACGUUAUCGGUGUACUUAUAACGCGUCGUUACGUUAACACGCGACAUCGCGGGCACGAUUAUGUCAAUGCGGCUCGUGACGAGAGAGAACGAGGGAAAUCGACGCGUUCGAGAUCUCGUCCGGAGGUACGUCCUGCGAGUACAUCGAGCGUGCAACGUUGGAACACCGAUCGUUGUUGUUAUUUAAGGAUGGAAGAACAACAAGGAAGAUGCGAGUCAGUGGAGAUUUCGUUGAAGAAAAAGGAAAGAAACUGCUCUUUCCUCUCUGUUCUCACGAGUUGCUUACCAGCGCCGGUCGCCGAAGCCUCGAGCUGAUCCACGGAUCCACGAUAUCCACGGACGAUCCAGCUCGCGGAACUAUUCGCCCAUGCUGGACUCGUCCCGCUAUUUUAAUGUUUCUCUUUUUUUCCCCUUUUUCUUGCUUUUGCAAGAGAGAUAUAUUCUAUCGAGAUUACAUCUGUUACUCGGUGGUACCGGACGAAUAUUUUUUUUUUUAUCAGACAUUAACAUAUUCCACGAACGCAAUGCUAGCUUGUGAAAAGUUUUAAACUUUCAGAAGAAAUUUCUUAAGAUUUUAAAAUUUUA